AAUGUAAUCUUUCAGCCGGUGCAAAGACGCGUACACGGGCGGGAUUAAUCGAACUCUCUGUUGUUUUGAAUCCGCUAGACACAGACUGGAGGGGGUACGGUUUUGAUUAGAAGAUGGCGGAUGUUGAAGGCGAUGAAAUUCGGUCGGCUCUCCUUUCGGCUUCCAGUAAUGGACCCGCUGCAGGUUCGGUAGUCGGUACCGGAGGCCAAAAUGCUACCCAGGUGACGUCAGGUCCACGGAUGGUUAGAAUUGUAAAGUCGGAAUCAGGAUAUGGAUUCAACGUUCGUGGACAAGUUAGCGAAGGAGGACAACUGCGAAGCAUUAAUGGGGAAUUGUACGCCCCUCUUCAGCAUGUCAGUGCUGUUUUGCCUGGAGGGGCUGCGGACCGAGCUGGCAUAUCAAAGGGUGAUAGGAUUCUUGAGGUUAAUGGAGUGAGCGUGGAGGGGGCCACCCACAAGCAGGUGGUGGAUCUGAUCCGGACCGGAGAGAGGGAGCUGGUGCUGUCCGUGCUGUCUGUGCCUCCCCAGGAGGCCGACUGCCUGGAGGCCGGGGAUGAGAGCGCGGCCCAGCUCAGCUACGACUACAGCGACAAGCAGGCCGUACCCAUCUCCAUCCCCACCUUCAAGCACGUGGAGCAGCACGCCGAGAGGUUUGUGGUGUACAACGUGUACAUGUCGGGCAGGCAGCUGUGCUCCAAGCGUUACCGAGAGUUUGCUAUCCUGAACCAGAACCUGAAGAGGGAGUUUGCCAGCUACAUCUUCCCCAAGAUACCCGGGAAAUGGCCCUUCUCCCUGUCUGAGCAGCAGCUGGACGCACGCCGCAGGGGCCUGGAGGAGUAUCUGGAAAGAGUUUGUUCUGUGCGGGUGAUUGGGGAGAGUGACAUCAUGCAGGAAUUCCUGUCUGAAUCAGAUGAGAAUUACAAUGGUGUGUCAGACGUGGAGUUGCGGAUAGCCCUGCCAGACAAGACCACCAUCUCUGUCAGGGUGCGCAAGAACAGCACGACUGACCAAGUCUACCAGGCUUUAGUGAUGAAGGUUGGUAUGGACAGCAUCAUGGCCAGCUACUUUGCCCUCUUUGAAGUCAUCAACCACUCCUUUGUGAGAAAACUGGCCCCCAACGAGUUCCCCCACAAGUUGUACGUGCAGAACUACACAUCGGUCGUGCCGGGUACCUGUCUGGCCCUCCGCAAGUGGCUCUUCACCUCUCAGGAGGAGGAGCUGCUCAGGGACAAACCUCUGGCCGUUCACUACUGCUUCCACCAGGCAUUGGAUGACGUGAAGAAGGGAUUCAUCAAAACAGAAGACAAGUCUUACCAGCUGACAAAACUGGCAGAGCAGCGCAAGAUGGCCAUGUAUCUGAGUCUGCUGCGCUCCUGUGAGGGAUACAAUGAGGUCAUGUUCCCCCACUGCUCCUGUGACUCCCGGAGGAAGGGCCACGUCAUCACGGCCAUCAGCAUGCACCACUUCAAGCUGCACGCAUGCACAGAGGACGGCACGCUUGAGAACCAGGUGAUAUCGUUUGAGUGGGCGGAGAUGCAGCGCUGGGACACCGAUGAGGAGGGCAUGGCGUUCUGCUUUGAGUACGCCAGGGGGGAGAAGAAACCUCGCUGGGUCAAGAUCUUCACACCAUACUUCAACUACAUGCACGAGUGCUUCGAGAGGGUCUUCUGUGAGCUCAAGUGGAGGAAACAGAUUGAAAAAGAGGCCUCUGACAAAGACAACCAGAACUGCAGUAACAAUGCUUUACUGGUCAGGAAGUGAGCGGUUGAGUUUGGUUUCUUGAACCUUCUCUCUAUUCUAGAAUAUCUCCCUGCUCUGGAGACACAGAAGGGAUGGCGCCAUCUAGGGGGCGAGAUCGCCACAUCCUAAAUACUCCACCAGAAUCGGUCCACUCGCACCAUCACAACCGAGAACACCAUCUGCAAAAGAAACAAAAAAAGAGAACUGAGGUGAUUCACUCCAGAAACUGGAAAUCAAUUUAUUUAUUUUUGUUUUUUAAUGUAUCACACAAACCCAGGAAUUCGCAGAUAGACGACGAGCAAUGAAGGAAAAAAAACAUGUCUUUACUAGAUGUUCAUAGAACAGCAUAUUCUUUUUCCUCCGUGCAUCACCCCUGACAUGGGGCGGGACACUAGCUGAGUUCUUCCACCCCACUGGUUGAGGAAACCGAACAGUACAGUGCGUUUGGUCAAUGUUCACAGCAGCCUGCGACACCAUUGGACGAAGGGAACACCUUGACGUGAUCAACAGAUGACACGCCAGCGAGGAGGCCAGCCGGCAUCUGCGAUGUGAUUGUUUAGGCCAGUUCUACAACACGUUUGGUCCGGGCCAAUGCUUUCAAUGUGCCUCUGGUCUGCUGAACUACAAGAUGACAUGCUGGGAAACAUGAUAGAGGGUGGGCUGGACACCAUUGUCACUGGCAAUGCUAAACGGGAUAUAGCAUAGUUUUCACUGAUGCAGGACAUUAUCAGAUUAUGUUUUUUGGACAAGGAGGGUAAGAAACAAAAGGUUAUCUGUCAAAAGCCUAGGAGGCUGUAGUCUACAAAAAUAGUCACACAAUCUGUAUAUAAGCUCCCAGUAAUGAAUUGGGUGGUUUACCCAAUCAAUUACUGGGAGUGUGUGUGUGCAACUCUAUUUUUAUAGUCUACAGUUUACUCGGCAUUAGUCAGCGCCUCUAACUUUUUUGGGUGUGCGCCAGCUCAUGCUUUUCAAAAGAAUAGGAGACAAAAGUAACUGAUGCAAUGUGUUAUGUUCAUAAAAACAGUACACUUAUGUUUUAGGAAAACCUGCUUUAGGUUAUCUGUCAAAAGCCUAGGAGGCUGUAGUCUACAAAAUUAAUAUAUGAUUAAUAUAAGAGCUCAAGAAAUGACUUUCUUAUUCUAACCGUGUAGAAAGUUGACAGGGGAGCUUCCUCCUUGGCUUCUCAUCCUUGCUCUAUUUUUCACAUUUUCUAACCUAUCUAAUACACUCUUGUUUAGAAUGUCUGUUGGCAGUUCACCACAACUGAAAGUGUGACCAUUUAUCCCCUUAAAAUUGUUGUGGUAAUUCAGUAGAAUCUCCAAGUUCAGAGAUAAAAUGUGUUUAUCAGUGGUGUUUGCAUCUACUCAAUGAAGUGAGGGCUUGACCUUGAACUAAACAUUCAGAGAAACAACGAUCAAAGUGAAUAUUUCCCCCACUCGGAGUAUUGAUCGACGUAUACAGACUGGGAGAAAGGGAUGGAAGUAGUGUGUUGUGUGUGUUCGGGUGCAGUGCCUAGUGCAACCAGCAGACAGCAGUAGAGUACUACUAAAGUACCACUCCGUACUACUGAGUCAGUGUUGAGGGGACCAAGCGAGGGAAAGGUCUUUCAGGACCUUCCGUAGAGAUUGCUUCCCUGGGCUCAGUAACUCACCACUAAGUACUGCUCUGCAGUUUAACUGUGUCAGGAGGACAAGUGGUGCAUGCAUGUGUGUGCACCUGUGUCUGCCUGUGUUCCUGCGUAGAAGUAAGUGCAUUAACAAGUGGGAGCGUGGCCACAACAGCCCGAGCAGGUACAGUUAUGAUGCAGGAUGUCUCUCUGUUGCCCCUCAUUGCACCUUGCCUAACCAAAUGGGUAUAGUAUUAGGCUGGUGUGAGCAUGCGUUUCCAGUCUUUCCUCAGUAUUGCUAAGGCGGUAGGCCCGAUUGGGGCGUGGCCAUGGGGGUUUAGGUGGCCAUGGGGGUUUAGGUUUUGAGGCAGCAGAUAAAGACUCAAGGCGGCAUCCCAAAUGGCACCCUAUUCCCAAGGAAGUGCACUUCUCUUGGCCGGGGCCCAUAGGGCUACAUAGGUAAUAGGGUGCCAUUUGGGAUGCAACCCAGAGGGGGUUAUGCAGGGUGACAGCUGUGCAGAUAGAGAUGGAUGGGUGGCAUUUCCCCUCCCCUAGCGAGUUAUGCCUUGCAGCCUUUUCAGGCUGUAUAAGGUUAGCCCACAUCCCUUCCAUGCCUCAACUAUGUUGAAAUGAAGGCUAUUACUGAAGUUUGACAGGUGUAAAACUGUACCAUUCUUAAUUGCAUGGUUCUGCACUCUUGCCUCCCGAAAGGAGAAUUGGCAAUGACAAAACGAUACACUAGCAUGUCCGUUAUAAAUGCCACUGCUGCAUUCUGAAAGUGCUGAAGAUGUGCAAUUGAGGUGCUGCCUAUUCGUUUUGACAGCCAGAGUAAUAGCCAAUUUAGAGAUGGAUGACAUAAAGAUAGCAGAUGCUCUACCAGAACGUGUGUGUAGUUUUGAGAGAGGGGAGAGCGACAACUAGCGUGUGCGCGCCUCCUUUCAGUGUGCCAGUGUUCCAUUCCUCCACUCCAGGUUGGUCUGCCAUCAGACUAGAUGUGGUUGCCUUGGCAGCACUACGCUGUCUGAGCAUGCCCAGUCUAACAUCGCCCCAGACCACGUAACUGACUCACUCACACUUAUAACAUAUUCAUGUUAAUGUUCUUUAAUGUUUGUCAUCAUAAUGGUAUGUGUCCUUGAGCUAAAGCAUUUGACAGACUUCGGUGUACGUCCCUAGGCUGAAGCAGGUGCUCUCUUAGCUUUUAUACCCUGGGAAUACAGAGGCACAGACACGCAUACAAAUACACAGGUGCACACUUGUAUGUAGAGUGGGGUGUCCUUGUCAUCAGUGUUCCAUCGUCAUGGUAACAGCGAGCAGGAGCCGGCAAGAGGGCAGUGAUACUAAGAUGUCUUUCCCUAAUUUGCUCAGAGAAACAAUUACGCUAGUCACCUGCACAUACUUUGCUUUAUCUCUAUAAUGUCCGUUUUAAGAGAAUUAUCAUGUCUCCCCUAUCGAAUGGAUUUUAAAGGUCAGUCAGUCCUGUACCUUUUUUUGUUGCGGUAUUAUUAAAAGGUCAGUGUCCUCCUCUAAUAGCAGCUUGACACUGUUGUAGUCCAGUUACACCACCCUUCUGAACGGAACAAUGCCACUCCAGGGCUACUUUCAGUAGCCAAACAAUGUCGAACUUGAGCUGGUCACUUAUUCUGCAUGUCAGAGAGGGGUGUUUGUUCUACAAGCUGUAUUUCUAUCUGAACGUUCCAAAAAUGUUCUGGACGCACCCCAGCGAUAAAGGACAUCACACACUUUUUUCCAUAUGAGCUAGAUGUUCUAAAAGAAUAACAUGGUAGGCCUUUGUGUAGUUAAAACGUGUUAUUUCUGUACCUUACGCUUCAGGUGAGCAGGGCUUUCGUUCGAUUGCAAGUAUAGGCACAUUAAAACCAAGACUUGUUUCUUCUAAAUGUAAAUUAUUGCAAAAUUGUAAUUUGGAUAAAAAUGCACUUUCUCGAUUGAAAACGUAUAAUUUAUUUCAUCAAAUUAUUCUAGUUGUGGGAAAUCAUAGUGUUGUGUGCUAGCACCACUGUUGGUCAGUUAUUUUGUGUAGGGUAUUUGGCGACGCAAAAGCUAACUUAAAUAUACAUUAAGUCAAGUUCUGGAAAUAAAGCAGUGUUGCAUUUACUCAAACUACGGACACGAAUUAACAACCGAUACUGAAACUCAAAUGGGAAGUUUUUUUUAUAUCUUAGAAUAUAUGAAGGUUUACUAACCAAUGUAAAAAGGAAAAACUGGUUUGAAAAUGUAAUGUAGAGUAAUAAAUUGUAACGUUAUUUUAAAUAAAAUGAUAUAUUGAAAAAAA